AUGACGGCUGAGGACAAGAAGGCCGUGUCCAUCAAGGUGCCCGUGAAACCCAAGGAAGCAGAGGAGAAAAGGAGAAAGCUCAACAGCCUCAAAAUUAAGAAUGAAGAAUUGAAUGAAGAGGAGAAGAAGAAAAAGGAAGAGUUGGAGCUGCUCAUCACCAGGCUUCGAGAUGAAGAUCCGGAUGUGGUCAACCUGUCCAUCACAAUGUUGAACAAGGAAAUAAUUGACACUAGUGGAAUAUUGACUUCGUCCCUUUUAGCCCUGAAGGUACUAAAGACCCAUUACAAUACACUACUCGAAAUACAUGAACAUAUGAAAUUUGAAGAAUGCAAAAAGAAAAUGAGUAACAUGAUAAGUGCCUUGUCCACCACGAUAGGGGAUGAAAACAACAUCGUCAAAUAUAUUAUCAUGGGGAAUAAAAACGAUUUAGUAAAUUAUGGUCAUGAGUACAUAAAGAAUUUAAUUAGUAAGCUGUUGGUAGAGUACAAAAAUGUAAAAGAGGAGGAAUCGUCUCUUUCCGGGUCGGUGGUUACUCCAGGUGGAGCAGGAGGAGCACCGUCGUCCUCUUCCCCUGUGUCUGUUUCCCCCACUGUGGCAGGUAGUAGUAGUAGUGUUGCCCCAUCGGGAGCAGCUGGAAGCACACCAAAAGGAGUACACAUGAUAAACCACAUUUACGAACUCGUGAACAUCAUCGUUCCGUACUGUUUCAAUCACAACACAGAAUACGAAGCGAUUGAUUUGUUGAUUGAGGUCGACAAAAUUAAUGACAUUCAUUUGUAUGUGGAUGAAAAAUCUUGUGAAAGGUCCAUCCUCUACCUUCUCAACAUAACUCAUUACAGUUCUUCUACGGAAGAGUACUACAAACUGAUGGAUGUGAUUUUACACAUUUUGAAAAAGCACAAGAGACACGUAGAGUAUUUGAAAAUUUUACUCAGACUAAACAGGACAGAGAAGAUCAAGGAUCUCCUUUUUGAAUGUGGAGAUAUGAUUACAUGUAAGCAAAUGGCUUUAAUUUGUUCUAGACAUUCAAUUCAUUUGGAGUUCACCCAGGAAGAAAUGCUUCAAUACCCUCACCUGGACUUGAACCAGCUAGCUAGUCUUUCUUCAGGGGAACAUUUAUCUUCUAUAUUUUUGAAACUAGCGAAAGAUUUAGAUGUAGAAGAACCCAAAUUACCAGAAGAUGUGUACAAGACAUAUCUGGAAGAAAAGAGAAAUACAAAUGUAUGGGAUUCUGCAAAACAAAAUUUAUCGUCCUCUUUUGUAAAUGCAUUUGUCAAUGCAGCCUUUUGUAAAGAUAAACUAAUGACGGUGAAUUCGUCUCUGUGGAUUUUCAAAAAUAAGGAUUAUGGGUUGAUGAGUGCAACUGCAUCUAUGGGGUUACUGCUCAUGUGGAACAUAGAUGAAGGGUUGUCUCAAAUUGACAAAUUUCAAUACAGUAGUGAUCAGUAUGUGAAAGCAGGUUCGUUGAUGGCCUUCGGGUUAGCUUGUACGAAUGUAAAAAGCGAAUGUGAUCCUGCGUUUGCAUUGUUAUCUGAACACAUAGAUGCAGAAAAUACCAUGGAAAGAAUAGGAGCCAUAUUAGGCUUUGGUUAUGCAUAUGCUGGUUCAGGGAAGGAAAACCUAUUAGAUGUACUCAUGCCACCUCUUGUGGAUAAUGGAUGCAUCAUCGAGUGUAGUGUAUUUGCAGCCGUGUCAUUAGGACUUGUCUUUGUGGGUUCACAAAAUCGGGAAAUUGCAGAAUACAUUAUUGACACUGUUAUGGAGAGAGAAAAGGUAAACAACUCUCUCGAUCAACCCAUAGCAAAAUUAUAUGCAGUUGCUUUAGGUCUUUUGUUCCUUUGUUCAAGAGAAAAAUGUGAAGCUACUCUGUCUGCUUUAGAAAUCAUCAAGCACCCAAUUGCGAAAUACAUGAUAAUGACUGUAGAAGGUAUGGCCUUUGCUGGCUCCAACGAUGUGUUGAAGGUUCAAAAAAUGUUACAAGUUUUGGUAGAGAAGAGAAACGACAAAAAGGUUAAUGUGGAUGUGUUUGCAAAGCCAAGUGAUCAACAACCCCCUCAUGGAGGUAGUAAUACUGUUGAUGGGAAGGCUCCCCAGGGUGCUGAAGGGAAAGGCCCUGUUUUGGAUGGCAAGAGAACCAACCCCACCAUAGGUGGUAGUAAAAGCGCCAAGGGUGGUUCAGGUGACGGGAAAGGUAAUGCCAAUGUAGGUAGUGGCGCAGGAGGAAAUAACCACCCCACACAGGUGGAAGACAAUUUAGACCAGUGCGUAGCUAUACUGAACAUUGCCCUUAUAGCCUUGACGGACGAUAUAAGUUCUGAAAUGACGACCAGAAUUAUCGACCAUUUUUUACAGUACUCAAAUUUGAACCAAAAAAAAGCAGUCCCCUUAGCCCUGGCCUUACUCUUCACAUCCUUCCCGAAGCCGAACAUUGUAGAUAUUCUUUCCAAGUUGACUCAUGACCAGGAUGCAGAUGUAGCUUUGCAUGCGAUCAUGUCGUUGGGUUUUGUUGGUGCCGGAACGAACAACUCACGUAUAGCUAUAUUACUGAGACAGCUCUCAACCUUUUAUUGCAAGGAUGCUAAUGCGACCUUCGUUGUUAGACUAUCUCAAGGGCUUCUGUAUAUGGGGAAAGGGCUACUAACUAUUAACCCUCUGCAUUCGAACCGAUCCAUCAUCAACCACGUAGCGCUGGGUUCUCUCCUCGUCACCAUCCAUGCGUGUCUCCAACUGAAGACUACCAUAUUGGGAAAGUACCAUUACUUGCUCUACCACCUUGUGCCGUGUAUUUACCCACGUAUGCUCGUCACCGUGACCGAGGACUUGGAGCCUCUGCCCAUCUCGGUGCGCGUAGGCCAGGCCGUCGACGUCGUUGGGCAAGCCGGAAAGCCCAAAACAAUCACGGGGUUCCAGACCCACGUGACGCCCGUCCUACUCCUGCACACGGACCGAGCGGAGAUAGCCACGGAGGAGUACAUCCCCAUCAACGACACUCUCGAAGGAAUCGUCAUUCUGAAGAAGGACCCCAACUACGUGCCGCCAGCGAUCAACUGA